UUCAACCUCAUUACAACCACAAGCCUAUCGAAACUUGAUUACAUCCACCAUGGAUAUUCACGUCCGACCAGAAACACAGGAAGACACAACAGCGAUCGAACGCGUUACGAUCGCGGCCUUUCUCAACACUAAACAUUCCUCCGCCACCGAACAGUAUAUCGUUCGGGACCUCCGGGAAUCCAAGCAAUUAUCGAUCUCCCUUGUUGCAGAAAUGAACGACAACGUCGUGGGCCAUGUAGCUAUAUCACCAGUGCAUAUUUCCGACGCCAGCACAGACUGGUACGGCGUGGGCCCUGUGUCUAUCCUCCCAGAGUACCAACGACAGGGUAUCGGCUCACUGCUGAUGAAACGUGCUCUUCAUGACCUUCAGACACGCAAUGCCGCAGGGUGUGUUGUUUUAGGAGAUCCUGCCUACUAUACACGAUUUGGCUUUCGGGUUGAGCCAUCGCUCCAGUUUCCCGAUGUGCCAGCAGAAUACUUCAUGGCUCUUACAUUCCGUGGCUUGGUACCGAAUGGGACUGUUACUUAUAGCAAGGCGUUCGAGUCUAAAGAAUAAGCGGUUUAUCGCCGAUAAUGAAUAAAUGUUAUUUGACAGGAGGGUCAUGAGGAAGGACAGAUAUCAUCAAGUGUAGUAAUAACAGAAUGGCCCCGAGAGCGUAUCCAUCAAGUCUUCAAACUUGACAGGCUCCGCAACCAGUCGAAAAUCAAUCAUCUCAUCCAGCGUCAUAUUGGCCGACGGAGGAUUAUCUGCGAGAGUAUGCGUGCCCCAGAUGGCAUACCUCCUCUUCUCUGGGUCCAACGCCUGCCAAGUAGACCAGACGCGAUCGAUCUGCGCAUGAUGUAAAUAGAACAUUGGAUCGCCCGGACUACCAGCUGCAUCCCCCAUGACCCGACCAACCCCAACAUGGCCACCACGGUGGACGCCGUACGGGACAGAUGGCAUUGCAAAGCGAGG